CAAAGACCCAAAAGGAAAGUAGGCAACUUUCUAGUUACUUCCUGACCAAAGCCUUUCUUUCUGAUCCUGAUUCUGCAACUAGCCUUCAUGAGUUUGAUUAAAGCCCGCACCUUACAGCAAAAACCAAAACCCACAAAGCCGAACAUUUCUAUUCUUGCUGCUUGCAUGAUGAUGAAGCUGACUGGAAACUGGUCUCCGCGUAAUAGAAAACUAUAAACAAAGACCCAAAAGGAAAGUAGGCAACUUUCUAGUUACUUCCUGACCAAAGCCUUUGUUUCUGAUCCAUUUAACUUUAGCUUUCGCUGUUUUGACAAACUUUCGUUUCUCUGUUUGUUUUUCCUUUCCCUUCCGGGAAUCAUCUCUGUUCAAGAGAAAAAAUGUGUUCUUCUGAGGAUAUCUCAGCUGACCUGAUCCUGCUACAAUCCCAAAGUAAAAGUCUUGUAAACACCCUGGAAAAGCUCCAGGGUGGUUCUUCUUUAGUCUCUUCACUUUAUCUUCAAUGCCAAGAGCUACAGGAACUCUCCAAGUCAAUCCAACGUUCAAUCCAAACUCGUUUCCAUGAACUCCAAUUCAAAGAAAAUGAGAUAGAGAAUAGGCUCAAAGAACUUGAAUUCAGAGAAAAGGAACUGUGUAAGCUUUCAAAACUAAAACUUGAUGAUAGGUUGAUCGGAAAAGGUUCGUCUUUACCGGAUUUAAAGUUUAUUGUUAGUACGGAUGGGGAAAGAUUGUUGAUGUUCUUGAACGAGCAUGAGAAUGAACAUGAAAAGCUUGCUGACGAGGUUUACAAUGUACUUAAAGUGUCUAAUAAUCCUGGAAAACUGGUUUGGCAGGCAGUUAGAGGGGUGUUCUUGGAAAAAGGAAAUGUUGGGGUUGAGAGAAAUGUGGAGAGAAGAAGUUGCUUGGUUUUAUUGGAGGGAUUGAUGAGAGUUAGGCCUGAGAUUAAGAAAUAUGUUAAAAAAGCAGCAGCGUUUGUGGCGAGGGAGUGGAAGCUAAAGCUUGGGAUGGAGGGUGAGGAUGAUAGGGAGAUUUUACUGUUUCUGAUGAUUGUGGGUGCUUACGGAUUGCUUGAUCAGUUUAAAUCCAAGGAAAUUAGGAGUCUUUUUGAGAGGGUUGCACAGUAUAAGGAGGCUUCCCUUUUGGGUCGUAUUCUUGGAUUUGUUGAGAAGGCUGCCCCUGAGACCUGCAACCUCCAUUCCCAAGUAAAGAUGGAGCAAUUGGGUGAGGUUUCAAUUGUGACGUCUGAGGCAAUAGAUGAUACAGUGAUCAAUCACUCCUGUUCAUCCGCAGCUCAUUUAAGAUUUAUUGCAAAUACAAAUGCAGAUAGAUUGUUGAUGUUUUUGAAUGAGCAUGAGAAUGAUGAGAAGAUUGGUGAUGAUGUUUACAAUGCGCUGAAAAUGUCAGUUAAUCCAGCAAAAUUGGUUUUGGAUGUAGUUAAAGCAGGAAUUUCAGAGAAGGCAAAUGUAGGAGUUGAAAGUGGUGUGGUCAAGAACAGUUGUGUGGUUCUGUUGGAUCAGUUGAUGAGAUUGAGGCCAGAGGUUAGUCAGAAACUGAGGAAAAAAGCACUGAAGUUAGCACAACAAUGGAAAGGAAAUAUAAAAACCCAAGGCAAUUAUGAUGAAGAGGUUUUGGUCUUUUUGAUGCUUGUGGGUGCUUAUGGAUUGACUAGUGAAUUCAAUUUCAAAGAAAUUGAGAGUCUUUUUGAGAGUGUUUCUCAGCAUAAACAGGCUCCAAUAUUGAGUCGUAUCCUUGGUUUCACUGACCAAACCCUUGUGAAAGGCAUCUAUCAUUCUCAACUAAAGAUUGAACAAUCUGACGCAGAAAAUAUUCAAUUGGAUAGCAUCCUUCCCUAUGAAGCAAAGCUUGAGCAGUAUAAUGCUACUUCAUCCACUAGUUGUUGGCCUGAGCUAGUAUCUUUUAGUAUCAGUAUGGAUGUAAGGGGUUUAAUAUCGUUUUUGUCUGAGCAUGUGGAAGGUCAUAAUCUAAUGCAAUGUGAAAUUUCUGAUGCUCUUCUGUUGGCCUCAGAUCCUGCAAAAUUAGUCUUGGAUGCAUUAUCUAGUUUUUAUCGUUCAAAGUCAGGAGAUGGGUUUAAGGGUGCUGCCUUAUCCAAUGUGAGAAAGAGUUGCAUUCUUUUGUUGGAGCAGCUAAUGACAUGUUCAGUCCAAAUUGGACGCCAUGUGAAUGAAGAAGCUCUUAAGUUAGCAGUUGAGUGGAAGGAAAGAAUGGAACAGAAGUACCCACAUGGUGUGAUGGCGUAUGGAUUCUUGCAGUUUAUAAUCACUUACAGUUUGACAUCUGCUUAUGAUGUGGAUGAACUCCUUCGUCUUUUGGUCACUGCAAGUGAGUAUAGACAGUCUCCUGAUUUGUGUCUGGCUCUUGGUUUGGCAGAUAAGAUAUCAAUACUUAUCGAGACCCUCAUAAAAAGUAAUCUACAGCUUGAGGCUAUUGCAUAUAUUUGUGCAUUUGGUCUUGCUGACAAGUUCCCUCCUGCACACCUUCUGAAUGCCCACUUGAAAUAUUCCAAGAUGAGAAUAUACAAGAAGGCUAAAAAAUCAAAUGUGAAGCAGAAUCAGACCAUAGACAAAGAAAUUGCUAUUAUGAGAAAGGUCAUUAGAUGCAUUGCUGAUCACAAACUUGAAUCCCUAUACCCACCUGAGGAUCUUGAAAAGUAUAUUGUGCAUCUGGAAAGGCAGAAAGAACAGGGAAAUGAAACAGCACGAAGGGAAAAGCAGAAAGUAGACAGGAAAAAAACUUUGUCAGUCCCUUCAACCAAGAAACCACAGCAGGAGUGUGGAUUUAAGUCGCCUUUCAUGAAUAUGCCAGCUGAGGCCACACCAAGCGCUUCUGCUAGUGCUGGUUGCACUCUUCACUUAAGACCAUCACCUCUUGAACAACCAGUUAGCUUGAUUGCUGAUCAAGCUGCACCUUGUAGUUUGUGGGACUCUACUAUUUUCUCUGCAGACACAAACUCAUUUAAUUGGCAGCAUGGGUGUGCAAUUGCCAGUAACGGGAGCUUGGAGCAGUUCACUUCAACUGGAGCAUUUGACAGGGCCGCCCCUGAAAGCAGCAUCCAUCAUGCUCAACUGAUUGACCAAUCUCAAUCAAAAGAAUUUCAACUUGAUGGCCUUGUUCCUUCUGAAGCAACCUAUGAGCAUUAUAACACUUAUUCAUCUACUAGUUGUGGGUUUGACCUGCAAUCUUAUAUCACCAGGAUGGAUGCAAGGGGUUUAAUAUUGUUUCUAUGUGAGCAUGUGGAGGAUCAUGGCUUAAUGCACUGUGAAAUUUCUGAUGCUCUUCAAUUAGCCCCGGAUCCUGCAAAACUUGUUUUGGAUGCUGUAUCAACUUUUCAUUAUUCAAAGUCAGGGAAUGCUCCUAAAUCUAAAAAGAAGUCAGAGGAUGGCUUUCAUAGUGGAGCCUUAUGCAAAGUGAGAAAGAGUUGCAUUCUUUUGUUGGAGCAGUUAAGGACAUUUCCAUUCCAGAUUGAACCCCAUGUUAAUGAAGAAGUUUUGAAGUUGGCAGUUGAUUGGAAAGGAAGAACGCUAAAGCACCGGAAAGGUGUGAUGGCAUAUGGUUUCUUGCAGCUGAUAGUCACCUACUGUUUGAUGUCUGCUUAUGAUGCAGAUGAGCUCCUUGGUCUUUUGGUUAUUGCAAGUGAUUAUCGACAGUCUCCUGAUUUGUGUCUGGCUCUUGGUUUGGCAGAUAAGAUCCGCGUCUUGAUUGAAACCCUCAUAAACAAAAAUCAACGGCUGGAGGCUAUUGCAUACAUAUGUGCAUUUGAUCUUGUCGACAAGUUCUCUCCUGCACACAUGCUGAAAGUUCACUUGGAAUAUGCUAGGGAGAGUUUGUACCAGAAGGCUAAAAAAUCACAUUGGAAAUGGCAUCAGAUUAUCGAUCAUGAGAUAGCUCUUGUGAGAAAAGUCAUCGGAUGCAUUGCUGAUCACAAGCUUGAAUCAUUAUAUCCACCUGAGGAUCUGGAAGAGUACAUUAUACAGUUUGAAAGGCAGAAGGUGGAGCGAUAUAUUGCUGCAAGAAAGGACAAGCAGAAAACAGGCCGGAAACAAACUCCGCAAGUACCUUCUGCCAAUUCAAAACCGCAGCAGGAGAGUGGAGCUAAGUUACCCUCCACAAAUGUGUCAGCAGAGGCCACCCCAAGCACUUCUGCUGGUGCCGGUUCCACUACUAAACUGUCACCUCUUCAACUACUAGAAAGCUUCUUUGCAGAUCAAGCCGUGCCACAUGGUUUAUGGGAGUCCACUACUUUCUCUGCAAACACAAACUUAUUAAGUGGUAAACAGCACGCAGAUACGGCCAUGAUUGCCAAUAAUGGGAGUUCAGACUCAGACUGUAAUGAGCAACUCGAUAACAUUUAGCCCUGUGUGGUUGCUGUUUGCCUUGGGUACAUAUUUUGCUUUGGUAUUUGAACCUGGACUGCUGCUAUAUUGAAACCAACAAAAGGAGUUGCAUUGGUACCAAA